AUGCCUGGAGCCAAAGGACGCAAACAGCCACGACCUCGUCCUCCGCCUCCGCCUCCUCUUCCUCCCAUUCCUCCAACUCCGCCCAAAACAACCCCGACCGGGUCUGAGCCGAAAGUAUCGUCAGAUAAAGACGAACCUGCUUCUGGAGACUGUGUCUUAUAUGCUCAUUCAGUUCCGAAACCUCCUGAUCCGUGCCCAUAUCACUACAAGCCUGUCUAUUACUUCUUCUACGAUGGUCUCAGGCACCCAGCCAAGCUCCAGACGGUUCUUGAAGCCUCAGAGCCCCCCAAACUACGAAAUGCCAGAGUCCGUGGAUACUCGCUUGCACCGCGUGGUCGUUACACGUCACUUGUCGAAGGUCAAUCUGGGUCCGGGGUCCUGGGUAGGGCGGUACAAGUGCAAUCUGCUGAAGAGGAAUACAAGCUCAGGUGGCACCAAACCAGCGCUUACAUUCUUGUACCAUGUUUGAUUGAGUUUAUAGAUGGUGAAGAGCCGAAAGAAGUUGCGGGAUUGGUAUUCAUAGAUGCUGGCGAUCAACUGGCUUGGAGGACUAUGCGAUUUGACUACAAGGCAUGGAAGUAUCAGAUGGGAACUCGACUCCCGCGAAAUUGGCAGAGAAGCACACUAGAGCCGAGAUCGUAG